AUGACGCAACCCAAAAAGCAUGGUCAUCACAAGAAGAAAUCAUCAUCCUCGAAGACUCAUCAGUUGACUUCGGGAUCCAAUGUCAAGCAGUCACUCACUGCUCAAGAGAUUCAAAAACUCUUAUUGGAAGAGCAACAAAUGGAUCAACUCUUCUCAAAAUUAAAUUUAAAGAGAAAACCCAUAGCAAAAGAUGGUGCUUGUUUAUUUAGAGCUUUUUCGGAUUUAUAUUUCGGAACACAAAUUUACCAAGAACAAGUUCGGAAGCAUGUGUUCAAUACAUGA